CUUUCUCCAUCGUGAUGAACUAAUAAUCCCAGGAAAGCAAAUCAAAGGGCAGAUGGGCGGGGCCUGAUCUGAAGGGGCGGUCCUGGGCACUGGCGAGCCUGCCCCCUGCAGUGGGUGGGGGUUGUAGGGCAGGACAUGAAGGGGAGAGGGCAGGUCCAAACUCUUCACAGUCACCUGCAUUCAGUGUCGAGUGAGCUUCCAGAGGCCUGUGGCACUUUUACUUGGACCGCUGUGCUAGAAACUUCGCCUCUCUCUGGCUCCUGGGCAUCAUGUCUUGUUCCAAGCGGCGUAAUCACUUCCAGAGUCUGAUGCUUCUGCAGUGGCCCCUGAGCUACCUUGCCAUCUUUUGGAUCUUGCAGCCGUUGUUCAUCUACCUGCUGUUUACACCCUUAUGGCCUCUCCCAGCACUUUACUUAGUCUGGCUGUUCCUGGACAGGAAGACCCCAGAGCAAGGUGGCAGGCGCUCAGCCUGGGUGAGGAACUGGACUGUGUGGACUUACAUCAGGGACUACUUUCCCAUUACGAUCCUGAAGACUGAAGACCUGCCGCCUGAGCACAACUACAUCAUGGGGGUGCACCCUCACGGCCUCCUGACCUUCGGCGCCUUCUGCAACUUCUGCACCGAGGUCACGGGCUUCGCAAGGGCCUUCCCAGGCAUCACUCCUCACUUGGCCACGCUGUCCUGGUUCUUCAAGAUCCCCAUUAUUAGGGAGUACCUCAUGGCCAAAGGUCUGUGCUCCGUGAGCCAGUCCUCCAUUGACUACCUGCUGAGCCACGGCACUGGCAACCUCGUGGGUGUAGUAGUGGGAGGUGUGGGAGAGGCCCUGCAGAGUGUGCCCAACACCACCACGCUCCUCCUCCAGAAUCGCAAAGGCUUCGUGCGCACGGCCCUCCAGCACGGGGCUCAUCUGGUCCCCACUUUCACUUUUGGAGAAACCGAAGUGUUUGACCAGGUGCUGUUCCAUAAGGACAGCAGGAUGUACAAGUUCCAGGGCUACUUCCGCCGGGUCUUUGGCUUCUAUUUUUGCAUCUUCUAUGGACAAGGCUUCCGCCCAGGCACCACGGGGGUCCUGCCAUACUGCCGGCCCAUUGUCACUGUGGUUGGGGAGCCACUGCCACUGCCCAGAGUUGAAAAGCCAAGCCAGGAGCUGGUGGACAAAUACCACGCCCUCUACAUGGACGCCCUGCACAAACUGUUUGAGCAGCAUAAGACACAGCACGGCUGCUCAGAGACCCAAAAGCUGCUUUUCCUCUGACUUCGGGGACCGUGUGCCCCACAGUGCAAGAGCACAUGCCUAAAAAGGAGACCCACCGCCAGUGCUGGCCAGAGAGAGGAUGGGGGAGCAAGAGCGAUGAGGGAGGGGGGCACUAGGACUUCCUUCUGAGCCCCUGCUCCCUGGGGGGAGUGCUCCCUGAGGCCUUUGCCCAGUCACUCCCCAGAGCAGGGCAUCUGGCAGCCCUUCCUGCUCUGCUGUCCUCCCUGAGCCUGACACGCAGGUCCUGAAUGACCCCUGAAGGACUCAAAUGAUGGCCAAGCAACCACUACUCCAUUUUUGUUCUUAGCCUUUAUACAAUUUUCAAAUGGCAAUACAAUUUGCAUCCCGUACAUGUAACCUGUUCGAGGAGUAAAAUUCAGCAUAUACAGUGUAGCUUUUGGACAUUUCUCAGCACCCUCUGCCUAAAACUGGUACCCAUUAGCAGUCACUCCUUGUUCCCCCACGUCCCCCAGGACCCUGGCGACCACUAAUCUACUUUCUGUCUCUAUGGAUUUGCCAAUUCUGAACAUUUCAUAUAAAUGGAACAAUACACUAUGUGGUCUUUUGGGACUGGCUGCCUUCUCUCAGCAGGUUUUCAAGGUUGCUACAUGUUGUAGCAUACAUCUAUACUUCAUUCCUUUUUAUGCCUGAAUAAUAGUCCAUUGGAUGUUCCUAACACAUUUUGUUUAUCCAUUCACCAGUUGAUGGGCAUACAAGUUGCUUCUUCUUUUUUUUUUUUUUUUUUUGAAAAAAAUUAUUUAUUUGAAAGGCAGAGUUAUAGAGAAGCAGAGGCAGGGGUUGGGAGAGAUGUCUUCCAUCCACUAGUUCAUUCCCGAAUGGCCACAAUGGCUGGAUCUGGGCCGACCCGAAGCCAGGAGCCAGGAGCUCUUUUGGGUCUCCUGUGUUGGUGCAGGGGCCCAAGCACUUGGGCCAUCUUCGACUGCUUUCCUAGGCCAUAGCAAAGAGCUGGAUUGGAAGUGGAGCAGCUGAAACUCGAACCAGCACCCAUAUGGGAAGCCAGCAUGGCAGGCAACAGCUUACCAGCUACGCCACAGGGCCAGCCCUGCAUGUUGCUUCCUCCUUUUAGCUAUUGUGAAUAGUGCUACUAGAAACAUUCACGCCCAGAUUUUUGUGUGAUAAUCUGCUAUCCCCAAACAUAAAGACCUAGGCCUACACCACUACCAAGCAUGCCUUAGGAAUGGAUAAAAAGUGUCUGACUCAAAGGGACAGGUGUUGUGGUGCAGCAGGUCAAGCCAACACCUGUGACAUUGGCAUCCCACAUGGACACAUGUUCCCGUCCCAGCUGCCUCACUUCCUAUCCAGCUCCCUGUUAAUGCAUCUGGGAAAGCAGCCAAAGAUGGCCCAAGUCCAUUUCCAACCCCUGUUAGAGACCUAGAUGGAGUUCUAGAUUUCCGGUUUGGGCCUGGACCAGCUCUAGCUGUUGUGAUCAUUUGGAGGGUGAGCCAGCAGAUGGAAGAUCUCUCUGUUAGCAGAAAUGGAUGGGCUAGGUUCUUGUCUUCGCACAAAAACAUUCAGACGUGAGACAGAGAACAGUGGAAAGCAAAGUAGCAAGGUUUAAUGGGCAUAGGACAUCUGUCAGAAUGUAUGGGACAGAAUCCAAGAGAGAGUGCCCUGUCAUUCAGACUGGGGAAAGCAAAGUCGCAUGGUUAAAUGGAGAGAAUACACCUGGCGGCCAGGCAGCUGGGCGGGUGGCUCAGGAAAAGGCUGAGAGCUGAGCUCACAGUCUGUAUUCUGACUGCCACUUAUAAGGGAAAAGGGUCCAGUCCUCCUCCCCCUUCCCCUCCUCCUCCCUCUCCUCCUCCUCCUCCUCCUCCUCCUCCUCCUCCUCCUCCUCCUCCUUGACAAAGGGUUUGCUGAGAGCGUCUUAGGUGAAAUCUCUCCCAAGGUUUCACUACUCAGUGCUACCAGACUGGGGAGCCUACCUGGCACCAGGCAGAGGAGCUGCCCCUAGAGGGCCUUCCUUGGAGGAAGGAUGUGAAGGUUUUAUUGCUCAGUGUUAUCAGGCCAGGUAAGCCAGUUGGUGCUGAAGAGAGAGGAUUCUCCUGAGUGGAAGGCUAGGACCACUACAAAGUUACAGGGAGCUGUUUCCAAGGUGAGCGCCUGCAGGUGAGUUGUUUUCCUUAAGCCCUCUCACACACAGAGGCUAAUUUUGAACUUCCUACCUAACGUCUCUCUCUCUCUCUCUCUCUCUCUCUUUUAAAAAUAGCAAGUGACUGGGGCUGGCGCUGUGGCACAGUGGGUUAAUCCUUCACCUGAAGCACCAGCAUCAUAUAUGGGCGCUGGUUCUAGUCCCGCCUGCUCCUAUUCCGAUCCAGUUCUCUGCUAUGGCCUGGGAAAGCAGUAGAUGACCCAAGUCCUUGGACCCCUGCAGUUGGGUGGGAGACCCAGAAGAGGCUCCUGGCUCCUGGCUUCGGAUCAGUGCUGCUCCAGCCGUUGCGGCCGUCUGGGGAGUGAACUAACGGAAGGAAGCCCUUUCUCUGUCUCUCCCUCUCCCUGUCUGUGACUCUACCUCUCAAAUAAAUAAAAUCUUUUAAAAAAUAGCACAUGAAUGAAAGUUUCAAAACCAUUUAGACUACUAGUCUUUUUUCCUUUGCCUUUUAACCCUUAAAAAUAUUGGUUCUUCAUAGAGU